UGUUUUCCAAGAAUAUAUUCUUGGUUGAAUGUUUUCCAAGAAUAUAUUUCAUUCUGUAUUCUCAUCUUCCUUCUUGGUUCAAUGUUUUCCGUUCAAUGUAUGUUUUCCGUUCAAUGUUUUCCAAGAAUAUAUUUCAUUCUGUAUUCUCAUCUUCCUUCUUGGUUCAAUGUUUUCCGUUCAAUGUUUGUUUUCCGUUCAAUGUUUUCCAAGAAUAUAUUUCAUUCUGUAUUCUCAUCUUCGUCUUGGUUCAAUGUUUUCCGUUCAAUGUUUUCCAAGAAUAUAUUUCAUUCUGUAUUCUCAUCUUCCUUUUGGUUCAAUGUUUUCCUUCUUGGUUCAAUGUUUUCCGUUCAAUGUUUUCCAAGAAUAUAUUUCAUUCUGUAUUCUCAUCUUCCUUCUUGGUUCAAUGUUUUCCGUUCAAUGUUUGUUUUCCGUUCAAUGUUUUCCAAGAAUAUAUUUCAUUCUGUAUUCUCAUCUUCCUUCUUGGUUCAAUGUUUUCCGUUCAAUGUUUUCCAAGAAUAUAUUUCAUUCUGUAUUCUCAUCUUCCUUCUUGGUUCAAUGUUUUCCGUUCAAUGUUUGUUUUCCGUUCAAUGUUUUCCAAGAAUAUAUUUCAUUCUGUAUUCUCAUCUUCCUUCUUGGUUCAAUGUUUUCCGUUCAAUGUUUUCCAAGAAUAUAUUUCAUUCUGUAUUCUCAUCUUCCUUCUUGGUUCAAUGUUUUCCGUUCAAUGUUUGUUUUCCGUUCAAUGUUUUCCAAGAAUAUAUUUCAUUCUGUAUUCUCAUCUUCCUUCUUGGUUCAAUGUUUUCCGUUCAAUGUUUUCCAAGAAUAUAUUUCAUUCUGUAUUCUCAUCUUCCUUCUUGGUUCAAUGUUUUCCGUUCAAUGUUUUCCAAGAAUAUAUUUCAUUCUGUAUUCUCAUCUUCCUUCUUGGUUCAAUGUUUUCCGUUCAAUGUUUUCCAAGAAUAUAUUUCAUUCUGUAUUCUCAUCUUCCUUCUUGGUUCAAUGUUUUCCGUUCAAUGUUUGUUUUCCGUUCAAUGUUUUCCAAGAAUAUAUUUCAUUCUGUAUUCUCAUCUUCGUCUUGGUUCAAUGUUUUCCGUUCAAUGUUUUCCAAGAAUAUAUUUCAUUCUGUAUUCUCAUCUUCCUUUUGGUUCAAUGUUUUCCUUCUUGGUUCAAUGUUUUCCGUUCAAUGUUUUCCAAGAAUAUAUUUCAUUCUGUAUUCUCAUCUUCCUUCUUGGUUCAAUGUUUUCCGUUCAAUGUUUGUUUUCCGUUCAAUGUUUUCCAAGAAUAUAUUUCAUUCUGUAUUCUCAUCUUCGUCUUGGUUCAAUGUUUUCCGUUCAAUGUUUUCCAAGAAUAUAUUUCAUUCUGUAUUCUCAUCUUCCUUUUGGUUCAAUGUUUUCCAAGAAUAUAUCCUUCUUGCUUGGUUCAAUGUUUUCCAAGAAUAUAUCCUUCUUGGUUCAAUGUUUUCCAAGAAUAUAUCCUUCUUGGUUCAAUGUUUUCCAAGAAUAGGUUGGUUCAAUGUUGGAAUAUAUCCUUCUUGGUUGGUUCAAUGUUUUCCAAGAUCAAUGUUUCAUUCUGUAUUCUCAUCUGCUUGGUUCAAUGUUUUCCAAGAAUAUAUCCUUCUUGGUUCAAUGUUUUCCAAGAAUAGGUUGGUUCAAUGUUGGAAUAUAUCCUUCUUGGUUGGUUCAAUGUUUUCCAAGAAUAUAUUUCAUUCUGUAUUCUCAUCUUCUUGGUUCAAUGUUUAAAAACCACAUUUUAAAUCAUAUUAUCUUGCAUAAUUCAUUUUGAUAUAAUUUUGUUGGGGGCAUUUUGAGAAUCGAACUUGAGACCUCUCACACCCAAAACGAUAAUCAUACCACUUAGACCAAAUGCCUUUAUAGUAGAUUUAUAAUUCUUAUGGAUAACUAUUUUGUUUUUUUGUUUUUUUUUUCUUUCAAAAUUGUGCUUUCUUUCGAAGGGGCAUUUUGAGAAUCGAACUCAAGACCUCUUGCACCCAAAGCAAGAAUCAUACCACUAGACCAGAUGCCCUUAUUAAUAACUAUAUAUUAAGUUGUUUAUGGAAUGUAUCAUCAUUAUUUCAUUUAUUUUCUUUGUUAAUGAAAUCCAUGAGCAAUUAUUAUUAUAUCUUUUAGAUCUUUUAGAUCUAGACCGCUGUUAAAUUAUUUACAUAGGGUUUGCGGUAAUUACUGUAGAGAGAAGAAAAAAGAAUAGAAGUUAUUUAAAGAAUAGAAGUUAAUUAAAG